AUUUCUAUCCCGAAGCCCAGAAUCACCUCGUCUCUUCCAAUCUUUUGCUUCUUUUCUAUUUCAUUGCUUUUUCUCUUUAGUUCUUUUCAUUUCCAAAAUCUCUGUUUCAUUUCCGGAGUCUCUCCCUUGGGUAAGCAGAAACCCUAACCCAAUUGUUAUAGAUUUUGAUUUCGCGUUAGGAUUUGUGUCUUCUCCUUCGUAUCUCAUCAAGUACUCUAGGAAAAAAUCGAGGGAAUAAUUGGUAACGAAUCUCACCGUCUGGAGGUAAUUGUCUGCUGCCCAUGGAGACUGACCUGAAUAGGCCGUCGUUCCUCCCAAACUUCCUGAGAAAGGUGCUUCUGAUCGGUGCUGUGCAGUGCAAGACCACUGGAGGUAUGAGCAGUUUGUACAAGAAGGAAAGCUAUUGGAGCAUUUCUGCCUUCUCUUCAAGAAGAGAUGAUCAGGAGGCAGUUUUUGAAGCUGAAGAAAGACUUAAGGACAUUAGGGAUGCAACUCUAGCAUAUAAAGCUGACGCUUUAGAGGUGCAGAGACAGCUUAGUCAUUUACAGUCCCAAUUUGACAUGCUAACAGGACAAGCUUCAGCUUUGAUCCAAGGGAGAGACAUUCACGGGUUGCUGCAACAUCUACUGUGGAUGGAUAGCUUUCAACCAUGAAUGGCAGCCUGUCAGCUAGAAAUUUGCAGGUAUAAUAUUGAAAAUAUCUUCUGCAAUUUGAUCAAAACUGAGUUGGGACAUACUUUUCUAUUUCUUUACAUUGCUAAAAGAGAAAUUCACUAGACAAUGUAGUACAUAUGCUUUUUUGUUAUAAUUAUUGAAAAUACAAGCUAUUAUGUCUG